CAGACUGUCACUGGUUUUCCUUAAAGCUUCCUCUGAAUAUCAGACGCCAAGAUGGAGUUGGCCACGACGGAGCUGCCGUCCCCGUUGUCCAAUCAGACAUCACAAAGCUGCGCGGUGGAGUCAGCGACGGAGAACGUCCUAUUCGGGACCUUCUACAUCCUGGUCUUCUUCCUGGCGCUCAACGGCAACAGCCUGGCACUCUGGAUCUUCUCCCACCAGCGCGGCACGUCCUCCCCAGCCAACGUCUUCCUGACCCACCUGGCCGUGGCCGACCUGUCCUACGUGGUCAUCCUCCCCCUGAGGGCCACGUACCACCUCACCGGGGGCCACUGGCCCUUUGGCGAGGUGCCCUGCCGGUUGGCCGGCUUCCUGUUUUACGUCAACAUGUACGCCAGCUUGUACUUCCUGGCGUGUGUGGCGGGAGACCGCUACCUGGCGGUGGUCCACGCAGUCCGGUCGCUGAAAGUGCGCCGUACCCGCUAUGCCCACAUCAUCGGUUUCAGUUUGUGGGCGCUGGUCACCGUCUCCAUGGCACCCCUGCUGGUGACCCGCCAGACGCUGGAGGUGGACGGAACAACAGUGUGCUUGCAGCUCUACCGGGAGAAAGCGUCCCACAAGGCGCUGAUUUCCCUCGCCGUCGCAUUUACGCCACCCUUCUUGGCCACGCUGUCCUUCUACCUGCUUAUCAUCCGUAGCCUACACCGGGGGUCCCGUCUGGAGCCCACCCUCAAAUUGAGGGCCCUGCGCACCAUCGGCCUGGUCAUGCUCAUAUACGUUGUGUGCUUCCUGCCCUACCACGCCAGCCGGGCCACCUUCAUCCUGGGCCACGGCCACCCAGAUGUGUCGUGCCAGACGCGCCGAGGUCUGAGCCUAGCCAACCGGCUCACCUCGCUCCUGACGUGCCUCAACGGCGCCAUGGACCCGCUCAUCUAUCUGUUCGGUGCGGAAAAGUUCCGUAGUACCUUGAUGCGACUGCUGUGCAAAGACAAGGCGCCGGCGGGAGCAUCUGGGGCUACCAGUGGGGAGUUGAAAGGGACCCACGAGAGUUCUGUGAGUGCCAAGUCGGAGUUUUGA